AUGGGCAAUAAAGCAUCUCAACUUGACUCAAACCAGAUUGAGAUCAUUUUAUCCCCAGAUGAACUGCGGAGGUCGACGAACGCAUUUUACGUUUUUGACCAAGCUGGCCUUGGAGAAAUUGAGAUUGGCCAAAUUGCAAGAAUGAUGCAGGGACUAGGCCACACCUUUUCAUACACAGAAAUUAGGGCUAUGAUAGAAAAAGCGAAAAUAAAGCGAACUUUUACAUUAAAUCAGUGGCUGCAAAUGCAAGCACGAAGAAAAAUUGAGAUGCAAUUCAAAGAGAAAGUGGUUGACGCCUACAAGGACUUUGAAAGAUGCGGAUCAAGCAAGAUGAGCCUUACUGAUGUCAGAGAAACUGUGGCAUCGCUAGAAGGUGACCUUUCGCCAGCUAGGGCUGAGGAGAUUUUGAGAGAAUCAGUAAAAGAUGAGCCAGUCAGUCCAAGGUUCAAUGAGUUCAUUAAGGUUGUCGUUGGCAAAUAA